UAUUGUGUUAUUGAUUUAAUAAUUUCUAAAUACUAGUUAGAAUUUGAUAUUAGUUUUUAUUUACUACAUAUUUUUUUUUAAAAAAAUGAAACGUUUUCAGAUUCAAAGUAAAAAUACUUAAAAUAUAAACGAGCCUUGUUAUUUUUAAUGGAUGUGUACCACUUUUUUGCUCCAAAAAAGGAAGUCCUUGUUUGAAAUGAAAUCAUCACUACAAUGUACAAUCAGAUCGUUUUCGAUGGUUCUCCGGACCGAACACAAUUGCUAUGUUUUUAUCUCAAUAGUACUUUGUGUUUGGCUCAAAAGCUCAGAAGUUUAUUCACAUUUCUCUUCCUCUGUUUUUGUAUAUACAGUAUAGUAACAUGCUUAUUUUUCUUCUUCUUACAGUUCCUUUCUUCUUGCAUUUCUCAGUUCGUUGAGUUGAAUAUAUAAUUGGACUAAUUUAGAAACUCCAAUUAUAAUCAACCGUUGAAAAGAAACCUUAGGAAACCUAAGAAUAACAGCUAACCCCUGACGGUAAUGCUCAGAUUGGUUUAGCUUCUAUGAAUGACAAUUUUAAACCUUAUCUACUCUCUCAGCUUGUGCAAUUUUUAGCAAAACCUUCAGGAGAAGAAUUAACAGUGAUUAUAAUAGUCAACGAUUCCUAUCAUUUGAAACUUGUCUAAUAAUAACCAAAAGAGCUACAUCCAAAGAGAGAGAGAGAUCAUCUGCUGAAAAGGGUUGAAGAAAAGCAAUUCUUUCUUUCUUCGCACGUCUUCUUUUAAAAGAAUUACCUGAAAACAUAUUCAUCAAGAAAGAGAACUCUCUUUCUAAUGGAUUCUCCUGAUUAAAUCCUCUUUUGGUUGAGAAAUAAAUUUCUCGACUUCAUUACUCGCAAUGUCGAGCGGGAGGCUUUGCGGCUUCAAGCCAAUAACGUUCUGUCGCAAGCUCACAAGAUUGCAGGUUGCAAGAGGGCUUGCUCUAAAGAAACUUAUCAAGGGCAAACACGAUUUUAGACGUGCAUCAACAUCAAAGAACAAUGUCGAAAAAAAGAAGAGUAAAAAGAUCAAAAGCACAGCUUCACAGACACCUUCCGUUGCAGAAGCUUCUCCAAAGAGCUUCAAAUCUCCAAAACAAGCUACUGCUUCAGGCAGCGCGGUGUCUCCUUUGUCGGUACAGAAGAAACCAAACACACCGAGACACAACGAUUUCGAAGGUUCUUCACCAAAAUGUACAGCAAAUUUCAUAUUAAUGGUGGAACUGAGAAAGAACAUCUUCUCUUUCAGAGAUAUGAUUGACUUGCCUUCUCUUGAUGGUUCUCUAUCUGUCACCGAGAUCAUAACACAUACAAUGAAGGAUCUACAAAAGCUUUCUCCAGAGAUUGUAACCAUUAACCAAUCUUUUGACAUGGAAGGAGCUGAGAUGGAUAAGAUGUUGAUUUUCUUCUACGAGGAUCUCAGAGCCAUUGGUGAUUCUUGGAUUAUGGAUAGUGACUGGAUUUAUCGGUCCAAGUACAGGAACAGUGGAGUUGGCAAGAACAAGUCAGAUCGUCUUGUGGAACAUGUUUUAGCAGCUCUUGAUGGACUCAUCAAGAUGACAAAAGAAAGAUUUGGUAUGAUGGAUCUUGACUCUGAUGGAAGAAAGAGUUUUAAAGGUGUUCCAUCAGAAGCAAGAAGAAGCUUUAGAAGAUCUGUGUCCUAUUCAGAAAGCAACAACUCUUUUUUCCCUUCUCCACUAACACCGAGAUCGGUUAUUCCCGGGACAAUGAUGUCUAGUAGUAGCUCAACAUCUCCGAGUCUUUGGAACUUAAGAGCUCAAGCUUUGGAUAAGUUAAGCCCUGUUGAUUUGAAGCAGCUCGCGAUGCGGAUACUGUCGCGUAGAGACUCAGACAGCCUUCAAGAUCUUGAUCUCAAGAAUAUUAUAGAAGAAGAACAAGAAGAGAGUGAGAAAUUAGGAGAGGACGAUGAAGAUAACGACUCCUCUGUUUCAGAAACAGAGGAUCAUAGCAAAAGUUCUGAAACAGAGCAUGAGACUGAAGGAGAGCAUCAUAUUGAAAGUUCUGGAACAGAGCAUGUGGUGACUGAUGGAGAGCAUCAUAAGGAAGGUUCUGAAACAGAGCAUGAGGAUCAUAGUGAACCCACAACUUCAGAGACAGACUCCACAGAAUCUUUUCAAGAAGCAAUCUCAGUAACUAAACUGGCACCACCUUCUCCACCACCGCCACCACCGUCUCCCUCACCAUCAUUUCUCAAUAAGAAAGCUACUCCUCUCUCACAGCCACCUCCAUCGUCACCACAGCCAGGAAGAAAAACUCUUUCUCCUCCACCACCGCCACCACCUUCAAGAAGACAUGACUCUGGAGGUAAUAGUCCGACCACGCCGGCACCUCCAGCACCACCGGGCAGCGGAAGAACCUUGCGUGGAAAGAGAACAACUAGCAAACUUAGAAGAUCAGCACAGAUUGCUAAUCUCUAUUGGGUUCUCAAAGGGAAGCUUGAAGGCCGCGGCGUCGAAGGGAAGCCGUCAAAAGCAAGUAAAGGGCAAAACAAUGUUCCAGAUAAGUCUCCUGUUAAAGGUGCUAGAUCAGGAAUGGCUGAUGCACUUGCAGAGAUGACAAAAAGGUCGAGUUACUUCCAGCAAAUCGAAGAAGAUGUUCAGAAAUACGCAAAAUCAAUCGAAGAGUUGAAAUCUUCAAUACAGAAAUUUCAGACAAAAGACAUGAAAGAGUUGCUCGAGUUUCAUAGCAAAGUGGAAUCUGUUCUUGAGAAACUAACCGAUGAAACACAAGUUCUUGCGAGGUUUGAAGGUUUCCCUGAGAAGAAACUAGAAGCCAUAAGAACAGCUGGUGCUGUGUAUAAGAAGUUAGAUGGGAUUCUAGUUGAGCUCAAGAACUGGAAGAUUGAGCCGCCACUAAACGAUCUUCUCGACAAGAUUGAGCGUUACUUCAACAAAUUUAAAGGAGAAAUCGAAACGGUGGAACGAACAAAAGAUGAAGAAGCUAAAAUGUUCCAGAGACACAACAUUAAUAUCGAUUUCGAAGUUCUUGUCCAAGUCAAAGAAACAAUGGUUGAUGUUUCAUCAAACUGCAUGGAGUUAGCAUUAAAGGAGAGGCGAGAAGCGAAUGAAAAUGCGAAGAACAGUGAAGAAAGCAAGAUGAAUAAUGUGAAGGAAGAGAGAGCUAAAAGGCUAUGGAGGGCUUUUCAGUUUGCUUUCAAGGUUUAUACAUUUGCAGGAGGACAUGAUGAACGAGCAGAUCAUUUAACACGACAACUUGCACAUGAGAUUCAGACAGAUCCUGAUCAAGCCGAUUCAUCCAACAUGUCCUGAUGCCAGGAAUGCUGAAAUCAAGAAGAUAUUGACGCUUGAAAGAUGAUUGUAAAUUUGCAACAUAACAUUUUUGUGGGUGUCUAGUUUUGAUUUUGGAGCAAUUCAAAGAAACAGAGAAUGUUUUUUUCCAUUUCGUAUAUAUAAUUACAUGGACUGUUAAUCUCAUCUAGUCUCUAAUCCGAGGAAGUUAUGGGGUUUAAGGCUUAGAAGUUCUUAGUUAU